UUGUAAGAAUGUCGAAUACGAAGCUGGGCCAUCUGAAGCUUAUCACGGGAAUCGUGAAAUUAAAUUCGCCGUUAUCGCCGAGGUUCCGAGCAAUCCUUCUUCGUAGAUUCUUCACGAAAGAUGUUGAGUCUGUGCUGAUUGUGCCGGUGGAUUUGGGCUUCAGAUGCGUCUUUGUGUAUAUCCACUCUGAUGAAACUGAGACGAAGGUGGAGGAAUCACGAGUUGUGCUUGGUAACGACAAUCAUUCACAGCUCGGUCGGAUUACAUAGCCCUUGAGCGUGGUUGUUGCAGCAAUGGGUGUUUUUCUUUUUUCAGUUCAGGGGGUAGAAUUGAACUGAUUGUUCUCUCGCAUGGGUAGGGACUUGAUAAGACAGGAAUUUCUUCGAAUUGUGAGGAAGCUUUCACCGAUCGUGGUUCGUCCCAUCGUCUGAUUGCGGAAUUGUCGAACUGGGUUAUAAGUCUGAGCAGAGGCCUCGGUGCUGGGUUUGGUGUGCGCGCGCGUGGAGGAAUUGCUGGUUUUUGUAGCCGUAGAAACUCGUUUAGUAACUAGAGUUAUUUUGAUUUGUUGGGCUACGUUGGGUUCCGAGGAGAUUGUCUUGUACCUCGAAGAGAUAUGACGAUCGGCUCCCCUUUGGUUGUAGUUGGAUCGGUGAAUGCCGACAUUUAUGUGGAGGUUGAGCGUCUACCGGCCGAGGGUGAAACCAUAGCUGCUAGAAGUGGCCAGACUCUUCCUGGUGGGAAGGGAGCCAAUCAAGCUGCUUGUGCCGCUCGUCUUUCGUACCCUACCUUCUUCUGUGGCCAGGUCGGACAGGACGCCCAUGCCAACCUGGUUAGAAAUGCACUUGUUUCUGCAGGCGUUCAUUUAGAUCAUGUAAAUACUGUUGACGCUCCAACUGGUCACGCAGUUGUGAUAUUACAGCCAGGAGGCAAAAACUCAAUUAUCAUCGUCGGAGGAGCCAAUGUCGCAUGGCCGAAGUUAGAAGAUGGAAUAAGCAGUCUAACCACCAACGCGCAGGAAUUGAUUAAACGAGCAGGUGCAGUGCUUCUGCAACGUGAGAUUCCAGACGCAGUCAAUCUUGAAGCUGCGAAGAUUGCUAAGAGUGCCGGUGUUCCUGUGAUCAUGGAUGCUGGAGGUGCAGAAGGUCCUAUUCCAGAAGAACUUCUGAAAUGUCUUACAGUGUUAAGUCCUAAUGAGACGGAGCUGGCCCGGCUAACUGAUAUGCCAACCAAUUCAGGAGAAGAAAUUUUGACGGCAGCUAAGAAGGUUUUAGAGAUGGGUGUCAAGCAAGUGCUGGUGAAGAUGGGAGAGAACGGUUCCAUGCUUGUGUCUGAGAAGGAGUCUCCAAUUCAUCAACCUGCAAUCCUGGCUCCAGUUGUAGUUGACACAACCGGUGCUGGCGACACUUUUACAGCUGCCUACGCUGUUGCUCUUAUCGAGCGUCAAACUCUUGUAGAAGCCCUUAGAUUUGCUGCUGCAUCAGCUUCUAUUUGUGUGCGCUUCAAAGGUGCAAUGCCAAGCAUGCCUGAGAGGAAGGCAGUGCUUCAGCUCUUGAAGGAGCAUCCCGUUUCUAAGUAGGUUCUGACAGCAAAGACGUGUCAGAGUGUCGUUGCUGGAGAAUAAUGUUUAGGACCACUGCAGGGCUUGACCUGUACUAGCUUACUUUCAAAUAAUGACAAACAGCUUGUUAACGUUACAAAAAAAUGUGCAUUUAGAAAAUCUUGGUUACGCUUUCUGAUUUGUAAAUCAAAGAGUGAUUUUAUUACCUCCGCUCCUUUUUCUUGCUCUGGAAGUUGUCCCGCAGGAAAUCGGUUCCAUUGAGAUGUAUUCAGUAUCAAUUUCAAGUCCGCAUAAAGAGAUGAUCUGCAAGAGCUGGGUUUAAA